AUGGAAAUUAUAAAUGCUUUUUUAAAUAGAAGAAAAGUUCCUUUGUUAAUGAAAGCUAAAGUUAGAAAUUAUAUAAAAUAUAUGUUUUACAAUAAAAAGAAUGAUUAUGAGGUAUUUUAUAACAUGGUAAACUUAGAUAAGAUUUAAAAUAUUCUUUAAUCAUUAAGACCAGAUCUAAAAGAAGAAUUAAUAUUAUAAAUGAGAUCGAAAGCCUUGUCUUCUUGUAAAUUAUUACAAAAAUUCUCCAAAGAUUCACUAUAAGAAUUAACCAAAUAUAUGGAACAUAUUCAUUAUAAACCUAAUGAAAUUAUUUCAUAACAAGACUAAUCAUUAUAUUUGAUUGACUCAGGAGAAAUUGAAGUAUAAGAAUAUGAUUAGACUUUGUUAACUUUAAAAUAAGGAGACUACUUCGGAGAAAUUACUUUUUUUACUGAUUUUUCAAAUAAAACCAUUUUUAAGACAUCAGAAUUCACUUAGCUAUAUAAAAUUAAUUAAUCUAAUUUCUUACAAAUUAUAUCCUCAAAUAAAGUGGAUCAUGAAAGAUUUAUCUACAUCAAACAUUCUCUUAUAUAUGGAUAUUUUAAAGUUAUCAAUUUGAAAUGUUAUUCUUGCAAUUCAUAAAAUCAUUUAAUUAAUUCUUGUCCCUUUUUGAACUAUAAACCAGAUAUUGAAAAAAUCUUUAAAAAAGAUAAUUUUCAUUAAUAAAAUAGAGCUACAUUUGUUAGAGAUAAAAAUUUUGAUUAGAGAGCCUAAAAUAGAAUUUUUAAAAGGAUUUUUGUAAAAAUAUGAUUAAAUUUAGAUUAAUUUUGAUGCUUUAAAAAUGUUUAGAUUGAAAUAUGAUCUUAUUGAUCAAGAUGAAUAUGAUCCAAGAAGUAAUGAAAUAAUUGAAACUGAAGAUAUAGAAUCUGAUUCAGAUUCAGGUGAAUCAUAUGAACAAUAUCAAUCAGAUCAAAUACUCUCUGACAAUAGAUUUAUUGAUAAAUAAGAUGGGUAAUUAUUUAUCUUAUAAUUAGAACAAUUGUGAGUAUUAUUAAAUAAUAAGAUUAAUUGAGAGAUAAUUCUAAAAUAUUAUUGGAGGUCGAUGAUAAUGUUGAGGAAAUGUUUAUAAUUAGGCCAAAUAAUUAAAAAACAACAGUAAAUACUGCUUAAUUCUAAUUUGAAUAGUAAUAACAAUACUAAUAAUAAUAAUAAUAAUAAUAAUAAUAAUAAUAAUAAUAAUAAUAAUAAUAAUAAUAAUAAUAAUAAUAAUAAUAAUAAUAAUAAUAAUAGUAGUAAUAGUAAUAAUAAUAGUAAUAAUAGUAAUAAUAAUUAUUAUAAUAAUAAUUGUAAUAAUAAGCAACUCAAGCAUCAUAUAGAUUUUCAUUAAUGCCAAUAGAUCCGAAGAUUAGAAAAUAAUCAUCUUCACAAUUAGAAUAAGUAUCAUCUUAAAAUAUAGCAACUGAAGGAUAGAUUCCGUCAGUAAAGGGAUCAAAACAUAAUUCCCAAAUUGCUUUUAAAGGUGAAUAUAGUGAUAAAUUAAAAUUUGGAUCUUAAAAUAAAAUAUCAAGUUACAUUAGUCUUGAUAAUAAGGUUAAAAAGAACUUGUCAAGAAUAAGAGAGGAAGAUUCUGAUACUUUGAAUUUAUCAAAUCGUUAUAAUUCAGAGGAAUAACAAAGUUCAUAAAACAUGAAAUACUUUUAUAGAUAAAGUCAAAAUUCAUUGCCUUCAAGAAACACCUAUUUGAGGCCCUCAAUGAAAAGAAUUUCAUCUAAAAUAUCAUCGAUCAAUUUAAUACCUGGAACAAGAACAUAUAAUAAAACAAAUAAUCCAUUUACAAGAUCGUUUGUAAACUUUCCUACAACAGCAGGAAUGGUGGAUUUAAGUAUGUACAAAAGGGAGGAUUUAAAACCUGAAGAUUUUGAGACGAUGUUUGUUUAUAAAAUAUAUUUUCCUUUAGGAAAUUAUCCAAACAUAAUUUAGAGAUUGAAUUUUUAUUUAAAAUGGAAAUUGUAAGAAUUUGUUUAAUCUAAAUAUACAUUUUAAUAUAAAGUGAAAUAGUUAACAUAGAAACAUAGUCUAUUGUAGAUGAAUCCUGAUUUGUUGAAUAUUAAAAGUUAAUCGAAAACAAUAUUUGAAUGA